CCUUUCAUAAUGCAUUGAGCAUCAAUUCCCCACCAUCCCCUCUCCCACUUCACAUCUUCUUCAUCAUCGUCAAAGGUUCAAGGCAGAGAGAGAGAGAGCUUUUGUAACUUUUUUUCAGAAUCACAAGGUUCUUUUGUGUUCUAAUGGCGUCGUUAGCUCUCUCCGUCACACCCACAUCUACAUCUUCUUCCUCUUGCGUCCUCUCUCGGAACCCAACUCCUAAUUUCAAAACCACCCAUCUGAAUUUCGCCUCUCCAAGGAGGAUUCACGCCAUCAACCCUCUCCUUAGAUCCUUCCACUCUCUUCAAUCUUCCUCACAACACCUAAUCGCAUCUCCAUUCUCAACCUCACCCGCCGUUACCUCUUCUUCUUCUUCCUCACAAACCACAGAGCUCGUUCUCCAGAGACUAGUCAAAGAAUUCAAAUCCCUCACAGAGCCAGUCGAUAGGCUCAAAUGGGUUCUACGUUACGCCACUCUCCUCCCUCCUAUGCCCGAUUCCUCCCGGACCGAAUCGAACCGGGUCAUGGGCUGCACGGCCCGGGUCUGGCUCGACGCCGAGUUAGGUCAAGACGGGAAGAUGCGGUUCUGGGCAGACAGUGACUCAGAUGUUUCGAAAGGGAUGUGUUCCUGUCUGAUUCAGCUGCUUGAUUCUGCUGCUCCUGAACAAGUGAUGGAAUUGAAGACUGAGGACUUGGUCGAGCUUAACGUUGGACUCUUGGGUGGCGAGAGAUCGAGGGUUAACACGUGGCACAACGUUCUCGUGAGCAUGCAGAAGAAGACAAGACGGCUCGUGGCGGAGAAGGAAGGAAAAGCUCCGACCUUUGAGCCCUUUCCUUCACUGCUGUUGACUUCUGAUGGCAUUGAGGCUAAAGGUAGCUUCGCCGAAGCUCAGGCGAAAUAUUUGUUUCCGGAGGAGUCACGGGUUCAAGAACUAGUCAAGGUGCUGAAGGAAAAGAAGAUUGGAGUGUCUGCUCAUUUCUAUAUGGAUCCAGAAGUGCAAGGAGUCUUGACUGCUGCUCAGAAGCACUGGCCACAUAUCUAUAUAUCCGAUUCUCUUAUCAUGGCAGAUGCUGCUGUCAAGAUGGCUAAAGCUGGAUGUCAGUACAUCACAGUUCUUGGUGUUGAUUUCAUGUCUGAAAAUGUGCGUGCCAUCCUUGAUCAAGCUGGUUUUGGAGAG